CUCGCAUCUCCUGGUUUUCGUCUGGUCCCUCCCCACCCCUCCUCAUUCGACAAUCGGGACCGACUGCUCCAUUGCCCACUGCAAAUCGCGUUUGUAUGCACUCUUGAUGAUCUCAUUGAAGGCGUCAGCUCCGCGCAUCAGAGUUGACUGCCUCUCAGCUCGGUAGACAUCCUUCGUCCCGCUCGGCGCCAGAACGAAAUUCCAUCUCUUCUUCUGCGGCGCAGCCGUGCCCAGAGAGGGGUCACCCUGGUAGUCCUUAGAGAACGCCUGGUCACCGUAGAAGACAAAUGCCGACUCUCGUGCCUUCACACCGAAGGCGUCCUGGAUGCGCUCCCUCUGCACCGCAUCAGACCGAUAUAUGGACCACCAUCGGUUGCGGGCCGGAAACGGCAGAAAGUGGGUUCGAAACUCCCAGUACACUAAACAUGCAGAUGACCGCUGAUAGAAGUGCCAUACCUUCCUUCCAUCGCGUACCCGCAUUGUAUUGUAGGCCGUGAUUCACAUCUCCCGCUUUGAGAGACUCCUCCUUUAUGGCAUCGACAUCAGCAGCACUCACAAAAUCUGCCAUCUUCGCUUGGAGAAGUGGAGUGCCGGCACCACAGCCCUCUGGGGUAUCCUGUGAAAGCUUUCUAGUGGAGCACGGGUAUCCGUAAAACAU